AUGGCUCUGCUGUUCUGCCCCACGUGCGGCAACAUGCUGGAGCUGGAGGAGGGCGGGCGGCAGAGCGAGUUCUUCAUGUCUCAAAAGACGAAGAAGAUUGAGCCGGUGCUGGGUGGAGAGGCUGAGUGGAGAAGCGCGCCCCGCACAGAGCACACGCGUUGCUCCGAGUGCGGACACAAUGUGGCUUUCUACCAGCAAGUGCAGAAUCGGUCCGCCGACGAGCCAGCCACCACAUACUUCCGCUGCACCCGGUGCGCCAAGGUCUGGCAAGAGGCCUGA